AUGCCAUUAAUACUGUUUCUUUACGUUACCUUAAGUUUUCUAAUUACUUCAGAUAAUCUUUUGCUGAUUUUGGCUGUUAAAUCGACUCGUUCCCUCCAAAAGGCGGCGAAUUUUUCACUGGUUUCUUUAGCAGUGGCUGAUUUAUUUGUUGGCGUUAUCGUGUUGCCCCUAAGAAUUGUGGAAGCACAGGCUUUCAGUUGGUCGCGGAGUAUAUUCUGGUGCCAGUGUUCCUUGAGUCUGACUUUGUUCAGCUUGUCAGCUACGAUGCUGAACCUUUUGAUUCUAACGAUUGAACGUUAUUGCGCUAUCAUCGUACCUUUCUUUUACCAAAGUAAAUUCUCCUCGCGGAGAAUUUUCUACGCCAUAUUUGUAGGUUGGAUCGUGGCUGUCAUGGUAUCAUUCCUACCAUUUGUAGGCUUAAAGAACAAAACUGUUCAGAAGCGAAGCAAUCAGCACAGAAUUUGUAGAUUCGCAGACACGAUGAGCGCGGAAUAUUUGUCAUUUUUUUCUGCCGUUGUUGUUUUAUUUCCAACUUUAUUCAUCAGUUAUGCCUACGUUAAAAUUUUCCAUGCUGCAAGCAAGCUUAGACGUCGACUGAACUCUCUGCAGAUUCCCAGAGAAGGAGAGGAAAUCGUGUCGGGGUUGAAGGAGUCGAAAACCGCGAAGAACAUUGGUGAGUUGUACUUCAUGUUUAAUUUAACCAUGCAUUUUACCUAAGGAAAGAAUUUCCCUGGCGAAGAUUUUAGAAAGCACCACAGCGAUACAGGUAAAAUAGCGUUUUCUACCUACCACACUAAAGGAAAAGAAAAGUUUAUAAUUUUCAAGACCAGUAUAUACUUAUAGUCAUGAAAAUUAUAUGUUCUUUUUAAAAGUCUGCUCGGGUGAUUGAAAUCUGCUUGAAUUAACUCCUUAAUCAUAUUUCGCCAGCCCAAAAUGCCAUGAAUUUCAUCAGAUUAACUGCUAAAAAUGUUGUGGCGGCGUGGGUUUCAAAUUUUGAUUAAUUGCCCGAUCUCUUUCAGACAUUUUUUUAAAGUCUUUGGAAUUAAACUGAAUUAUACUCGGUUUUUACAAUUAAACAAUUUGAAGUCAUAAAACCCUGUCCUUAGAGAUUUCAAUGCUCUGGUUUUAAAGUCCCGUUGCCCGCUAAAUUCAGAAACUCGCUUAAACGAAAUUUUAUUUUUUUAAAUUAGGAGUUGUAAAUGAAAAAAGUGGAGAAAAACCAACGGGUAUUAAUGCAUGCAUGCAUUUUGCUUCGUAUGCGACCAUCUGAAAUGCGUUGCUUGUGUGAAACCUUUUUUGUUUUCUAAAAGUAUACAACAGCAGGUGAUCAAUCGAUCAUCUAACUAUAUUGUUCUAACUUAUGCUGAUAUAUAAUAAUAGUAUGAACAUCGAUCUAUUCAUGUCUAUUCAAUGCUAGGCAGUCAGCCGAAACACUCUGACAAAUAUCAUUUUUGCUUCCUACAGACUGGCCUACGGCAAUAGCCCAGUUUCGAUCUAUUAAACUUCAGCUCACGCCCUAAGAUUAUAAUAGUCAAAAAGUUAGACUUAAAUUGCUUAUUUUCCCUAGAGGUCUUCUGCUUCUACAGGCCCAGGUUGAACCUUUAUUAUAUAAUUUAAUACUCUUAACUUUCUGCUCUGUGCCAAAUUCUGGAAACUGAUUCGUUGAUUGAAGCGGUGUGUUAUAAUGACUUUGAUAACGCACUAUUUUCAUGCUUUAAUUACAUCUUUCCAUUUCAGAGACCUUUUAUAAACUUGACAAAGUAGUUUUUCAAAACUUUGAAUUAUCUUAAUCUGAGAAAACAGCAAACACCUCGCAACGCUACCACUGGUCUCCCGCUAAAUCAGGGGCACCCAACGAGAAAUUUUCAGCAAAAGACCUAAAAACAACAAAUUAACAAAGCAUGAAUAAAGCUUUCUGAAACCAUUUUAAUUAAGCAUUUUGGGAGAUUGCAGCUGGCAAAAAAUUACCUUUAGUGUUGUUCCUUACUCCCAGCAAGACAGAUGGAAGAAUUAAGAGCCAGAAAGGUGCACCUACAAUCUGCAACCUGACUUACCAGGAAGUUUCCCAGCUGACGUAUGUACAGACAUUACUGCCCAGUUUGGGUGUGGUCAUAGGGCAAAAUUCAGUCCUUACAUCAAUUCAAAUCCAAUCAGACACGCUGAAUUGUCUAUUUCCCAGCAACACUUUCCUUCCAAGGACAUAUUACUCGUUCCAAGUCUCCUAGCCAGCAAAAAUUUGCUUGAAGAACAGAUAUUUUGAGAAACAGAUCCACUGGGUGCCCCUGCUAAAUGACGUCUGAGAAACGAGCGCACAAUUUAUUCCAUAAUGACUAGUUAUAGCUAUCGUUAAGUGCCAAUGAGCAAAGAUUUUACCUAUACGCGCGCACUGUUCAAUUUGUUUAGAAAUGUCAUGAGUUACCGGAAUUUACGAAAAAUAGUUUGAACUCAGUUCGAUUACAUAAGCAAAAAUUACCUUAAAAAUAGUGAACUAAACUGUUCUACUGCAUAAAGAAUUUGAAAUCCCGACUUUAUAUAGCAUAUUUUUCGAGAUAUUGAAAUUCGUGUUUUUGUUCGAAGUUGCGCACAGGUUAUUUUGCGUAAAAUUUAGUUGUCAUAUAAGCGAACUUAGAAUCCUCGAAAAUUAAAAGUCCGCGAAUAUUCAACGUACAGAUUUAUAUUUGGUCUCUUUUUAAAGCUUAUGGUGUCUACUUUCUCAGAAAAAAAAAAGAUUUAUGGUGCGCCGAUGAAGCCUUUUUAAUUAUUUGUCUUGAAAGACAGCAAUUUUUCCGGCGUUAUAAUUUUUUCCUAGAGGCGUAAACAGCCAGUGUCUCUAUUAGGUUUCUUUUUAAGGCUAAGGAAGUCUACUUUUCAGGAAAAAAAAAAAGAUUUAUGCUGCACCGAGGAAGCCUUCCCAAUUAUUUUGCUUCAAAGACACAAUAAAUUUUGCGGUGUUAUUAUUUUUUCCUAGGGGCAUAAACUGGUAGCAGUGUAUUUGCGUAAAAUAUUUUGAACUCAAUUCGAUUGCAUGACCGAAAAUUGCCUUGAAAACGGUGGACUAAACUGUUCGGCUACUGCAUAAAGAAUUCGAAACACUGACUUUAAAUAGCAUAUUUUUCUUACAGUCCUUGUCCUGCAUUACGUCAUAACAGUUACUUUACACUACCUUAAUAUGUUACAUCGCGUCGAGAUUCAUUCUCCCUAUGGAACUUCCGCGCACGGCCUUAUUAUGCUGCCCCCUCGCAGCCUCGCGUCUUCGCGAGGCUGCUCGUUGGCAAUAACGCAUUUACCCAGAUUUGGGUAGUACUUCUGGUUGGUUGAAGCAAAAUUUCCCACGCGACCAACCACAAGCACUACCCAGACCUGGAUAGUGACGCAUCAUCAGUAUGGAAUUUCUGCCCUCGUUUCUCAGACUUCAUUUCGAGGGGGGAAGCAAGGGUGACGUCGCAAAAUGAUGUCGGCUGGUUUCUCAGGCUGCGUGCAAACGGACGCAACAACUCCAAGCAUUGUUGCGCCAACAACAACAAUGUUGGGUUUUGACCGGUUUCAAACUUUGCGCAACAACACGCAACAACAUCCAACAGGGUGCGCAAACGGACGCAACAUGAAACAUCCAACAAUGUUGCGUCCGUUUGCAGGGAGCUUCAGGCUAGAAUUAUCUUAGAUUUGUAGGAUACUUCUGGUGAGAGCAUUUUGGUCUCUCUCAUUGCUUUCUGUAAGGAAUUAAGUGGUGUUGAUUUUGAAAUGAAAGAAAUUCUAACUAAACUACACAAAUUCAGCUGUAUUUUGGCCUAGCAUCUUCAUCCGACUAGGGUUAUUGUUAGUUUAAAAUGCUCAGAGCUUGACUGAAAAGUUACUGGUACUCGAGGAGAAGAACUGAGUAACCUUGCUGACGACGGUUUUAACAGCAUCCAUCAGUUAAUUAUUUUAGACUAAAGGAUGAUGAUGUUGUAACAAAUUAUCGAAAAGUGUCAUGAAUGUCUUUAAAGAAGCAGACGGUUUCGGGUAUUAUAACCCUUCUUCAGUGUACAGUCACACCCCUCUAUAGGAACACCCCCUUAACACGAACACCUCGCAAGAGAGAAUGAUGUGCACCUCGUUAUUACGGACAGUUUGCUUUAUCCCUGGGGAAAGCAAGCCCUUACAUUUUCUCUAAAAUCAACCCGAUAAUAAUGUACACCCCUUUAAUACGGACACUUUCUAUGCAUGGUCUCUACCUGACUGCGUGUCCGUACUGACGAGGUUUGACUGUACGGUAAACCGGCCUGUCAUUUCCUUCAGGAAGGACAUUUAUUUUUCGACACUUUAUAGAAAAGGGCCAGAAAUUAAUUCGGAUUAUUAUAUCAAUGGCAGCUCGUAACUGGUUUUACUUGUUUGAAAGUUAAUUUUCGUGGUUUUUUCAGCAGACUUCCGUGGGGAAGGAACGCGUGCCGAAGCCCCGCACGCUGACCAUUAUAGCCGGGCCACGCUGCCGCCGGACGCUGCAGCACCUUUUAUGCCUAUCACUUCAAGAAAUUUUAAUCUCGAUGAUUUUUACAAUGCAUGUCUUUGUUUUUUUCCAGGAAUAGUGGUCGGAGUGUUUUAUCUGUGCUGGAUUCCAUUCAUGGUUGCAGUCAUCUUGAGUGCUUUUUUCAAGAAUUUAAUAACUCCUGUUGUAGUUCUCGUCAUAUCUACACUUGUCUACAGCAACUCUGCCACGAAUCCAAUCCUUUACGGCUAUUUAAAUCGCGAGUUUCGUUUACCUUAUAAGAGACUGUUUUCAAAGGUUUUUUGGCCGUGCAAGUGGAUGGUCCACGCUCAUCAAGGAAGAUUACGAAGUCGCGAUUUGUCAACCUUUUCAGUUGGAGAUGUAACUGGUCAUUCUCCAAGUGACAGCGCUCCUAAGUAG